AGGAUAUACACGCGGAGGUGAACAGUGAUGACACGUCACCAUUACGAUUUCAUUAAAACCCGCCGUACAAUUUCAUUACAGAAUAACUACCGACUUCUCUCUCCGUACGCCAAGAAUCACCACCGCCGGGAAACUCCGAAUUCGUCGGAAUAGGGCUCUUAUCCCUCCCCGUUCAUACCAUAUGGAAAUAAUCCCUUUUUCCGAUGUACAUGUAUAAUACACAUAUAUAAAGCUUGGGAUCUUAAUUAUUAGAACCGAUGCAACGACUCGUUGACAACACCCUUGCCAUCACCAAAGAGUCGGUGAAAACAUUCACUUAUGAAUCAUUGAAUAAUGUUGUAAGGCUGAUAAAUGGAGUAUCAGCAUUGCUGUUAACUAUCUUGCCCGGAAAGACUUCUAUCCUUGAAGGUAUCCAUGGCUGGGAACUUAGGCCAACUUUUCGUGGACCUAAACUUCCACGAUGGAUGGAGAACGGUGUCUCAUCUUUUAACCAUCUCAUUCAUGAGCUUUCCGUUGAUUCUGAUGGCUCCUCUAGUGUGGAUUAUUCAUCGGAAGAAGAGUAUAAUGACGAAAACAUAUACCCAGCAACUCCACAAUCACAAAAUUCUAGAUUCUCUACCACAAGCAGUUUUGCCAAGACUAAGAGGCGGCACUGGUUAUAUUGGAUCAAAUGUGUCUUUCUAUGGUUACUUUUUCCUAUAAGGUUUAUGUUGGGUGUACCUUUUUUUCUCUGUGGCUCCUCUCGAAGGACUGCUACAGUGGCAGGAGAAGUCCAGCCCCACCAUGUACGUGCUAUUAGGAGAUUAAAUACUCCCAGGGACCAUGUUGUCCAACGUGCCACUGAUAGAAGGCGAGGCGUAGUUGAGGAUCUUCAUUUAGCAAUUGAGAUCUUCAUAGAAACCAUCUUUGAGUUUUUUCACAAGGCUGCUCACUGUGCACUCUCUCCAUUUGACACUUUAAGAGAAGUGCUGAAAUGGUUCUCUUCUGAUAGCUCUGAAUGUAGAAAUGCUCCUAGUGAUGGUGUUGCUGUCUCUGUAACCACAAAUACUCUAUCUGACAAUGAUCCAGCACCUGGAGAACGGAAGACUAGCUUUUACCAUUCCCUCAAUACAGAUGCUAGGACAUGUAAAGAUGUCAUAACGGAACUUGGGUAUCCAUAUGAAGCCCUUCGUGUGGUUACUGGUGAUGGAUAUGUUCUUGUGUUAGAAAGAAUACCAAGGCGUGAUGCUCGAAAAGUUGUUUACCUACAACAUGGAGUAUUUGAUUCUUCCAUGGGUUGGAUAGCAAAUGGAGUGGUCGGUUCUCCAGCAUUUGCUGCCUAUGACCAAGGGUAUGAUGUUUUCCUCGGAAACUUCCGUGGAUUGGUAUCCAGGGAACAUGUUGACAAGAACAUAUCUUCCCGCCAGUACUGGCAUUAUUCCAUUAACGAGCAUGGGAUACAGGACAUACCUGCAAUGAUAGAGAAGAUCCACGAAAUCAAAGUCUCAGAAUUGAAAUCCAGCCAACAGGAUUUGGAUCAAGGGACCAAUAUAGUUCAACCUUACAGACUUUGUGCAGUUUGCCAUAGUUUGGGUGGGGCCGGCAUACUAAUGUAUGUCAUAACACGAAGGAUUGAAGGAAAGCCUCACAGGUUGUCAAGAUUGAUCUUACUUUCACCUGCGGGUUUCCAUCACGAUUCCAACCCGGCUUUCACGUUAAUGGAAUAUUCAUUCCUCAUCCUAGCUCCAAUCCUCAAACCAUUUGUACCGGCCUUCUACAUCCCCACGAAGUUCUUCCGCAUGAUGCUCAACAAGUUGGCCCGUGAUUUACAUAACUUACCAGCGGUCGGAGGUUUAGUUCAAACCCUAGUUAGUUACGUGGUUGGGGGGGACAGCUCAAACUGGAUCGGCGUUCUAGGGUUACCACACUAUAACAUGAAUGACAUGCCGGGGGUCGCGUUCUUUGUAGCUCAACAUCUUGCCCAAAUCAAGCACUCAAAGAAGUUUGCCAUGUUCGACUAUGGGAAUGCACAUGAAAACAUGCUAGCAUACUACGGCUCGCCACAGCCAUUGGAUCUGGGGGAGCAUUAUGGCCUCAUUGAUGUUCCCGUUGAUCUUGUUGCGGGUAAGAAAGAUAAGGUUAUCCGGUCGUCUAUGAUCAAGAAGCAUUAUGAGUUAAUGAGGGAAGGAGGUGUAGAUGUGUCGUAUAAUGAGUUCGAAUACGCACACUUGGAUUUCACAUUCUCUCACCGGGAAGAACUCUUGGCAUAUGUGAUGUCCCGUUUGAUGUUAGUUGAUUCCUCACCUACUCAGCAGUCUCCUACAAAAUCAAUUAAAUAUAAAAAGAACCACAGGGAGGUGCGCAAGUAGCAACUGUUGCAACAAAUGCCUGAAAAUCGCCUCUGAGUUUUUAUUUCAGUUAGUGUGUUUCGGGUUGUUUGUCGUUCAUCAUGUACAUGUGUACCUCUAUGUAGGUCUUGUACUACUGCUAGUGCUGUACACUUGAAUAGUGCGCAUCUGUGCUCCAUAAUAUCUACUGUAUUCUGUCCCAUGUCCAGUUAAGUUUCAUCGUAAGGUAUGUGUAUAUAUAUAUAUAUACUCCGCAGCAUCUUAGAUUUUUUAGGAAUUUUCAUCUUCAGAAACAUUGUACAAACGGCACCCUAUAAUCCUAUAUUGCAACGCGUUUGCUGGGUUAUUUACGUUUAAUUUGUCUUGACGCA